AAUUCAAUGACCGAGACACAUGCAGAUCAACAACCUUUCCCCAACAACUAGCAACUCUCCCCUCAUCACUGUCACCAAUCAAACGCUCGAGGUAAACGACACAGCCCCCCCGACACGCUGGCACCGCCAAGAAAAGGCUACAGCGAACCGUGCAGGGGUCCUAUGCAGGAGUCUUGCGGCUCAAGCAGUAAUACCUCCCAUUCCACGGCCCAACUCUUGUCCGAGGUUGAUAAACCUUUUACAAGGACGCGGGUCAGCUCUGGUCUUGGCACCAGGGAAUAAGCCUCUUUUGGUCCUGUAAUCUGGGGACGUGUGCCUGUGGCUGGCCGUUGGGCAGCAGGCGUUGACGCUACUGCAGAGGGCGGUUUAUUUCCGCUCAAGCUAUGAAGUAAGAGGCUUUUAUGGUGGGUGGAGAUGUAGGAUUGGGUUCCUGGUAGCACGGCAGGCAGUGACCACUGACCGAUGGGUUGGGCUGGACACCGACACGACUGGCUAGGGCGAGGCUCUGGGAGAAUGGAACCAUGGGAAAGUUCAGCUUUGAGGGGAUGUGCGGAGUUGGACCCUUGUUUUUAGAUGGGAAGGUCAGGGAUUGUGCAUAUGGAGAGGGCACAUGGGGCUGGGUGGUUUGGGUGAGUGAUGGAGGGUAGGGACUUUGGGGAAGAAAUGAUAAAGAGACGCGCCCUCGGGUUCUUGAGCUGGGUGGUUCUCUUCUCGUUCUUCUGUUUCGCUGGUGCGGUUCCUGCUUUCCAAGCCACCAGCGAAUCUCAUAGCUACCGCAUCUCUAUCCGGCACGGCAUAGAAGACUCCAAGGACAACAACCGCCAAUAUGCUCGUCGGACAGACUACCGUUCGCGCCCUCCUCAGCGGCAUUGCCAUGAACCACCUGGAGAUGGUCCCCGAGACGUCUCCCAACCCGGGCGGUCUCAGAUUCUUGAGGUUGACCAGACAGACUGGCACAUGCAGAUCAGGAGAGAAGUGGUGUUUGGAUGGGUGCAUUCCGCUCAGCGGUGUCUGCUGCAUAUCACGAGGCACAUAUUGCGAUGCUGGUUACUACUGCAUGGCUGUUUCUGGGUGCUGCCGGGAGGGACGAACAUGCAGCGGCGUCGGCGGGACUUGCGAUCCGGGGGAAGUGAUGUGCAAUAGGGGAUGCAUGCCCUCCAGUGGCGUCUGCUGCCCAGGCGGAGGCUAUUGCGAUGCCGGUUACGAAUGCACAACAACCAACACAUGCCGACGCGCUGGCAGUGGUGGUGGAGGAAGCAGUGGUGGCGGUUCUAGCGGAGGGAGCACCACAACCUGCGGUGCUGGACGCAAGAGAUGUGACACUGGCUACUGCAUCCCUGAAGACGGGACGUGCUGCAACAGAGGAACUGGACGUUACUGCGAGGAUGGCUACUACUGCCUCACAGGAAGUGGCUGCUGCAGAGACGGAAGAACGUGCCGACCAAACACGUCUCUCAUAGAGGACCCUAUCACGUCCACCACGCCCACUACCACGUCGACUCCAACGGCUCUUCCAACCCCCGAUGGCGAUGACGACGUCGACAGCGGAGCACCGGAGCCAACUGCUACUUUUGGUGGAAUUGAUGACCUGAUCGAUGCCACCACAACCACCACCACAACCACCACCACAAGCCCAACAGCCACAGGGACCCUUCCGAUCCCGCCUGCCAUCACCAACGCUCUUCCCGGAGGCGGGAAUGGUAACGAUAAUGUUAAUGGUAAUGGAGGAACUGGCGCCGGUAUCAGAUCGGUGGAGGUAUCCCUGGCAGGGUGCGUCAUGGGUCUGAUGGUAGGUGUGUUUGGUCUGCUGCUUUAA